AUGCUCGUCGAGCUCGUCAAGCAGCAGGACGAUCGGCUCGCCUGCUCCGUCUCCACGCUGCUCCGAAACCUGGCCGUCGAUACCAAAAAUCGAGAGCUGAUCGGCAAGUACGCGAUGCGUGAACUACUCGACAAGCUGCCGGAGCCUGGGUCAAGAAGGGAGGCCAACAAGGGACCCUCAGAUCAGACGAUCAGCGCCAUCCUCGGCAUCCUGUUCGAGGUGGUUCGGGAGAGCGCACAGUUCACCAAAGACCUCCAUCAAGCCCACGGCACCGAGAAGCUGCAGCACCUGGCCAAAUCGUUCCCAAUGUACAGCGGUCGGGUGGGGAGAUAUGCGACCCAGGUGCUGUACGUGAUGUGGCAGCACAAGGAACUGCAGGACGGCUUCAAGAGGGCCGGGCUCAAAGACUCCGAUUUCUACGCGACCGGGUCGUCGAAGAGAGGCGACUCGGCCACCCUCGCCCGCCCAAUCCACUCCCAGGGCCGCGAACGACCAAAGGGCCAAAAUCGAACCCUUGACGACACGAUGAGCAGCGGCUACGGAGCCGUAGAACAACAGUACUACGACGACACGAGGACGGCACGCUCCAAUCAACCAUCACUGUCGCGCACGCCCUCUGGCCCGACGAACCAUUAUACGAACGGGUGGGUCGUU